ACCCCUUGCCAUGCAUUUUAUCUGCUGUAACAAAAAAAAUUUAAAAACAAUUUGCUCAGCUUGUUUAUUGGAAUGGUUUCAGUACUGUUAAUAGCAUUGUUGGUUUUGAUUCUUCAUGGCUGUGGAAGUUUAAGUGAUAAUGGGCCUUUGGAUAUUGACUACUACAAAGAAAGAUGCCCCCAUUUAGAACAGAUUGUGCAGCGGAAUGUGGAAAUUGCAGUGCUUAGAGAACCUAGAAUGGCUGCUUCUCUCCUUCGCUUGCACUUCCAUGAUUGUUUUGUCUUGGGAUGCGAUGCAUCAGUUUUGUUAGACAACUCCGGAAGCAUCGUAAGUGAAAAACAGGCAGGGCCUAACAAAAACUCACUGCGAGGAUUUGAUGUCAUCGAUGAGAUAAAACACACACUGGAAGAGGCAUGUCCACUAACAGUUUCGUGUGCUGAUAUCGUAGCCCUCGUUGCUCGUGAUGCCGUCGUUUUGAGGGGUGGACACAGAUGGGAUGUUCAUUUUGGAAGGAGGGACUCUAUAAAAGCAAGCUUAGAUGAUGCCAACAAAUUCUUACCAGCUCCAAACUCAUCACUAGAGAUUCUUGUUGCCAAUUUCCAACAACAUGGUCUUGACACUCUAGAUUUGGUUGCUUUAUCAGGCAGCCACACAAUUGGAAAAUCAAGAUGCUUUACCUUCAGGCAAGGGAUCUAUCAAGAUGAAGAAAAGUUCCAUCUCAAGAGGGACACAACCUACCAAGAAAUCCUACGAUCGCUAUGUCCCAAAUCAGGGAAAGAUGAUAAAUUCGCACCGCUUGAUUCAGCGACUCCAGCUAGGUUUGACAAUCUUUACUACCAUAACAUCAUUCAAGGACAAGGUUUGUUAAUAUCAGAUAAUGUGUUGGUGAGUGAAGAUGUUGGAGGGGACAUAAGAAAGCAUGUCUGGAAUUUCGCCAAUGACCAAGAUUUUUUCUUUCAUUCAUUUGGAAAUUCCAUGAUCAAGAUGGGGAGUAUCAAUGUACUUACUGGAGAGGAGGGAGAGAUUAGGAGGAAUUGUAGAUUUGUGAACACUAAAUGAAUCUUCAAAGUCUCUAUUUUUGCGAUUUUUAAGAACCUCACAACGGUUGUACUCAAGGGAAUUGUAUUUGGCAAACUAGCGAUCAGUCUAGUCAAUUGUCACCAAAUAGAUCGAUCAAUAUAAAGAAGAUAUUGAACCAAAUACACCAUACUCUUCUUACAUAAAUGUCGAAAGAGAGAAAUCAACAACAGAAACAACAAAGAGAAAGAGUAGAGAAGCGUCGAUCUUCAUUUGAAUCAAGUGCCUAAAGUUGAGAACAAUAAGUACAUUUUACCCUUUCCAUGGCUUAAGAAUUUCCCUUCCAAGUUUGAGACAAUUACCACAGGCCUUUACAUCACUUGCUAUCAGAGCCUUUGAUGAAAUUGACACAACACUACAAAAGCGACCAUGUCCUGAAUUCCAAGAUAAAAAUACAACAAAAAUGAAUCCUGCAAUCUUAGGCCAGCUUUGGAAAAUAUGAAAGCUUCCCAAACUUCAGAACAAUGUAGCCCAUCAAUUCUUAUUAACAUCUAGGUCACAAUACGAGUGCCUUGUCUCAGAGAAGGGACCAAAUCUGGUGGCCCAAUUCCUUAUGUUUCAAGUACAAGUUUGCACGGAUCAAAAAAAACAAAAAAAGUACAAGUUUGCACACCACCCAUACAAGCUGUGGCAUUCUGCACCCACGGAUGCUGAUUUCUUUGUGUGAUUGCAUACAUGGAAUAACACCCAUGUAGCACCACCAUUUUGGGGUCCUCUGAAAACAAAGCUCCAUCAACAACAAUUCUAGACCCCCACUUUAAUCACUGGGACAUCAAUUCAAGUUACUACACAGCUUGGAUGUCAAAAUACCACUUAAUCACUGGAACAUCUAUUUAAGUUUAACCACAGCUUGAUGUAAAAACACCAAUACGCUGAAUGGUUCUCACCAACUACGAGAUUCAAAAAUUUGAAAACAUUAUUUGGAUAAAAGAUGAAAAACAACUGAGAAAAGGGUGCUGAGUAGUUAGAGCAAAACAUACUCGUUUCUCAGGAUCCAUAUUGAACAAAUAAUGCAUUCCCUUCGCAAGACUGAUUUUCAAAAAUGAGUGAACCGCAAACAUGGAGAUUCCAUCGGGAGACCAAGCAUCCAAAAAAGUUUUCAGAUGUUUGUACCUCUAGAUUUGAAGACUCGUUUCAUAGCAUAUCCAUGCAAGAGUAGUCAAUUGAUCUCAAUUGAAGCUCAACUGCUAAUAAAAAGGUUUGAACAUGGGGAACCAAAAAAUCAUAUGCUACAUCGGCAAAUCAAUCCAAUGUCUAGGACAUCAAUUAGUACGUUUCUUGGAAUAAGAGAAGACCAAAUAAUUGUACAUUAAUCGGACAAACACCACCACUGGCCUUAAGUCUAAUCGUAGCUCUCAUAAAAAAUGUGGGAAAAGAGAGAGCAAACUUUCUGUAACAGCCACACCCAGCAUUUAGCAUAAAAAUCGUUCAUCGGACACCUACCAAUGCCUCUUCACAGAAGACAUCAAAUUACCCUCUAUUCAGAACUAAAUUUAAACCCACCAAAUCUCAGAAAUCUCAUAAUUAAUUCUGAUAUUUUCUGACUAGAGAUGGCAACCUUUAUGCCUGUGGUUUCCCAUCGUCAUUUUGGCAUAAAGAUUGCCUUCUCCGGUCUCAAAACAUCAGAAUUAAAAUAAAUAAAAAACGAUUUUGAAGUAAAAUAACUAAGCAUACAGUGACAGAAUAAAUAACAAAGGCAUCAGUUCUCCAAGGUGAUUUAGCAUCAUCGAAAUGCUUCAGACGCAAAUUACCCAUUUGUUAUUGAGAUUCAUCCUCUGCCCAAUUUCGUGAAAGCCGACCCCAAACGUAUACAUAACUACAUAACUAUACCUAUAAAUGUGAGCGUAUAUGCGUGUGAAGAGUGAGGGAAAAAGCGAUCAGAACCUGUCGGGAUUUCAUUAUAACAUCACAAUCAAUCAGUGGAUUGACAGACCAAAUGAAUUUCUAUCGUCAUCUCGCUUUACCACUCACCCCAAAUCUCAGAAAUAUUUACAAAAAAUUGAACCAAAAGUAUAGGAGGUAGGAAAUAAUUGAAAAAAAUCUCGAAUUUGCAAAUUCGUUUGGUGCAGAAAGCAGUACGAGAAGGCUCAGAACUUCUUAGAGGGUUGUGCUAGCCGUCACAGACGGAUUCACGAGAAAUCCGUCUCUGGUACACAAAAUUGGAUCUUCAUAGCACAUCUAUUCCGAAAUACUACUGAAGAACAAAAACGUGAAUCGAAAACUGCAUAUCUAUAUCUAAUAUGAAGAGAGAGAGAGAGAGAGAGAGAGAGAGAGAGAGACGAUUGCUGUGGAGUU